AUGUGUGAGUCAUUCAAUAGGGAAAUUCUAGAGUGUAGGGAUAAACCCAUAAUCACUUUGUUGGAGGGCAUUAAACAUUACUUGACAAAGAGGAUUACUAGUCAAAAAGAGCUUAUGAAUACCUACACUGGUGAUAUUUGCCAUAAAAUUCAAUUGCUUCUUGAAAAGAAUAAAAAACAUGCAGAAUGUUGGACACCCACAUGGCAUGGUGGUGAUGAUUUGUCCAUCUUUGGUGUCACCAAUGGCAUAGAAACAUACUCUAUAGAUCUGAAAAAGCAGACAUGUGCUUGCAGAAAAUGGGAUUUGACUGGUAUUCCAUGUAGUCAUGUCAUAUCAUGUAAAUGGCAAAACAAGAAAAAACCUGAAGAUUAUGUCUCUGAGUAUUACAGGAAGUCUUUUUUCAAUAACAGUUAUUCACAUAUAAUCUACCCUACAAAUGGGCCCCAACUUUGGCCUUUGUUGGAGGGUCAGGUACCAAUCAAACCACCAGUGCUCAGAAGGGCCAUUGAUCGACCCAAGAAGUUGAGGAAUAAAGUGAAUGAUGAACCAAGAAUUCCACAUGUACUUCCUAGGAAGCUUACAACUGUGAGCUGUCAUAAAUGUGGUACCAUGAGACACAACAAAAGGAGCUGCAAAGGAAAAAUGGCUACUGAGAGAGUCAUUCUCAAAGGUGGUAACAAGAAGAAGGGCAAUACAUCAAAGGAUGGAAAGAGACAGAAACUUGAAACAAAUGAUGGAAAGAAGAUAAAGACAGCUGUAACAGAAAUUGGAAACUCGUCACAAGCACCUCAACCUUCUCAAGAUUAG